CGCCACCCCUCUCCCCCCCCUAGAGCGAGAGAGAGAGAGAGAGAGAGAGAGAAUGUACUCACCGCAGCUACCACUUGCUCGGACGCGGGUCCUGUCUCCAUCUGGAUCGGAGCCAUCCCUGGCAGAUCGCCAUCCCGUGGGCGGCGGCGGCGGAGCCUUGGAAGCUUCUCUGCUCGGCCUAAUCCACGAUCACCACCACAGCAAGGUCCUCCUCCGAGACCGCGCCGAGAAGGCCAAGAAAGACGCAAUCAGGAGCGCAGCUGCGGUGUCGGAUCUGCUGGUGCAGACGGUGAACGGAGGGGUGCAGGAGGCCUUCCUCAACCAAAAGCGCAUCGAGCUCGAGAUUCGGGCUUUGGCCGCCACCGUCUCCCGCUUCACGAAGCAGACCGAUCACUGGCUCGCCUCCACUCAUGCUCUCAACUCCGCCGUCAAGGAAAUUGGGGACUUCGAUAACUGGUCGAAGAUAAUGGAUUAUGAUUGCAAGAGCAUCAACGCUGCCAUCCGCAAUAUUCAUCAAGCUUGAUUCUCAGCCACUCGAAAACUGAAAUCCAACCCCCCCAUUCUCUCUAUUCGUCGUCUUCCUCGAGUCAAGUCGAAGCUACGUCUUGUUAGAUUGCUUGAAACAUUCUUCGACGUGUAUUUAAGUACCAAAUUAUGCAUAUGAGGCCCCCCAGGGCCCCUCCACUUUUCUUUUCC